CAUAUCAGCACUAUACAAACCUGAAGAGUGCCAGGCCUUCGCUCACACUGGAACGAUCGGAGCGAGUUACUUUACAAGCCUGUGCAUUCGGCCCAUUAUUUUAAAUAUAAAGGUUAAAUUCCCAGGAGGCUGGAGACUCGGGUAAUUAAUACUGCAUUUAAGGCGCGGCCUUUUAUCUAAACAGGGAUCUCCGUAGUCUUAGGGCGCCAGUCGGUAGUAUCACUCGCACCGCCUGGUUCCUCUCCUCCGCUGGAGGUGCUGUGCUCGGCAAUCAAAGCUGGCAAGACUGCAGCGCAGUACCGCUAUAGUGGGUUCAGGCUCUUUAAAGGAAACCUUAAUAGCACCGAUUGCGGCUGUCCUCCUCUUAAUCCUUAUCGGCAGUCCCCGGCAGGCUCGGCCUGCGUAAUACCAGCUGCUUGCAAGGAAUCCAGCGGCGUAAUUUCUACCCUCGGGGUCCGGGUUUAAGGACGGGGUCCGGGUUUAAGGACACGGUCCGGCCUGACAGAAGCGUGUCCCAGGACAGUCUGUGUGCCAUUGAUUUGUGCAGUGAGGCGUCAGUAUGUACCCCUCUGGAGGGAUCUCAACUCGCAUACAGGCGGACAGGCUGAAGGCGGACGGGAUGGGCUCCAUCGAGCAGGCCGUGAAGUUCCUCAACCAGGACUACGAGGCCCUCAAGCAGGAGUGCCUGGAGAGCGGCUGCCUCUUCGAAGACCCCUGCUUCUCGGCCGAGCCGGCCUCGCUCGGCUUCAAGGAGCUGGGCCCCAACUCCUCCAAGACCAGGGACGUGGAGUGGCUGCGUCCCACAGAGUUGGCGAGUGAACCCCAGUUUAUUGUGGGCGGAGCCACAAGGACUGACAUUUGCCAGGGGGCCCUGGGGGAUUGCUGGCUUCUGGCAGCCAUUGCCUCGCUCACCUUGAAUGAAAACGUGCUGCACCGCGUCGUCCCUCAUGGCCAGACCUUCGAGGAAGACUAUGCUGGAAUCUUCCAUUUCCAGUUCUGGCAGUUUGGCGAGUGGGUGGACGUGGUGAUCGAUGACCGGCUGCCGGUGAAGGCCGGGGAGCUGAUGUUUGUCCACUCGGCCGAGGGCAAUGAGUUCUGGAGUGCCCUGCUGGAGAAGGCCUACGCCAAGCUCAAUGGCUCCUAUGAAGCGCUGUCCGGGGGCAGCACCACCGAGGGGUUCGAGGAUUUCACGGGGGGCGUGGCAGAGAUGUACGAGCUGCGGAAUGCCCCCAGGGACCUCUAUAAGAUCAUCAGCAAGGCCCUGGACAGGGGCUCGCUGCUCGGCUGCUCCAUCGACAUCACCAGUGCCUUCGAUAUGGAAGCUGUGACCUUCAAGAAGCUGGUGAAAGGCCAUGCGUACUCCGUGACCGCGGUGAAGCAGGUAAACUACCAAGAGCAGAUGGAGAGGCUGAUUCGCAUCAGGAACCCCUGGGGGCAGGUGGAGUGGACCGGGGCAUGGAGUGACAACUCCCCUGAGUGGGAUGAGAUCGACCCGUCCGAGAGGGAGGACUUGCAUCUGAAGAUGGAAGAUGGGGAGUUUUGGAUGUCCUUCCAGGAGUUUCUGCGGCAGUUUUCCCGUCUGGAGAUCUGCAACCUGACGCCAGAUGCCCUGAACGAGGACACCCCCAGCUUCUGGAACACCAUCAAAUUCCACGGUUCGUGGAGGCGGGGCAGCACGGCGGGCGGCUGCCGGAACCAUCCCAGCACCUUCUGGAUCAACCCGCAGUACAAGAUCACCCUGCUGGAGGAGGACGAUGACCCAGACGACGACGAGGUGGCCUGCAGCUUCCUGGUGGCCCUCAUGCAGAAGGACCGACGGCGGUACCGCCUGCACGGGCAGGACAUGCACACGAUCGGCUUCGCCAUCUACGAGAUUCCAGAUGAGUUCAAGGGCUGCCAGAACAUUCACUUGAAGAAGGACUUCUUCCUGACGCACUCGUCGUGCGCGCGCUCUCAGACCUUCAUAAACCUGCGGGAGGUGAGCACACGCCUUCACCUGCCCCCAGGGGAGUAUCUCGUGGUGCCCUCCACCUUCGAACCAAGCAAAGAGGCCGACUUCGUGCUCAGGGUCUUUACCGAGAAGAUGUCCGAGACAGAGGAGCUGGACGAUGAGAUCUCGGCCGACCUUGAAGACGUCGAGGAAAUCACAGAGGACGACAUUGAUGAUUCCUUCAAGUCUAUGUUUGCGCAGUUGGCCGGAGAGGACAUGGAAAUCUCUGUCCAUGAGCUCAGGACCAUCCUUAACAGGGUGGUGUCCAAACAUAAGGACUUAAAGACAGAUGGCUUUAGUAUGGAAUCCUGCCGGACCAUGGUUAACCUCAUGGAUAAAGAUGGCAGCGCCCGUCUUGGGCUGGUGGAGUUUCAGAUUCUGUGGAAUAAGAUCAGAAAAUGGCUGGUUCUCUUCAGACAGUACGACCUCGAUAAGUCAGGCACCAUGAGCUCCUAUGAGAUGCGUCUGGCCGUGGAGUCGGCAGGCUUCAAGCUCAACAACAAGUUGAAUGAGAUCCUGGUGGCCAGAUAUGCCGAAAAUGAGGCCAUCGACUUUGAUAACUUCAUCUGCUGCCUUGUCAAGCUAGAAGCUAUGUUCAGGACUUUUCAAGAACUUAACAAAGAUGAGACUGGAGUGGUUGAAAUAAACAUCACAGAGUGGUUAUAUUUGACCAUGUGUGGCUGAGGAAGAAAUCAUUCCAGCAAAGGGUCCAAUGGAUUUCACCUUAGAUAUACUGAAGUCCCACCAUCUCUAUCAUGACUCAACUAACAGUUUUGACCUUUAGUGUCCCUAACCCAGGGGUGGGCAAUCUUAUCCGCAAAGGGCUGGUGUGUAUGCAGGUUUUCGCUGCAACUCCCUAAUUAGGUCACUAAUUAGAGGACUGAUUGGCUGAAGAGUCUUCACACCUGGGUUUGAACACCUGACCUAAAGGUUAUCCCAAAAACCUGCAUACACACCGACCCUUUGCGGAUAAGAUUGCCCACCCCUGCCCUAGCCCCAGAAACACUGUGCUAGUUAUUCAAAAGGACAGCUCACAAGUUCAUGCCAGUACUAGUGCCAUUUUAAACUAUUUUAUUUGAUUAGGGACUUAACAUACUGUGACCUUCUGGAUAUUAUUUUUUUUAAGACUAAAAAAGUAAAAGAACUUAACCAUGCAGUUCAUAGUUGCUUAAUUGUUAACCCAUUCCAGAACAAUUCAUCCAUUGUUGCUGUGCAAAGAAAAUAUCUACUACCUGAUUUAUGAAAAUUACUCCUAACUAAAAAUUCUUUGCUAUAAAAGAACUUACCUGCACUGGUAAGACUAUACGAAAUAACAGGUGAAAAUAAAACUCUUAAACUGCAGUGAUGUUUAAAGGAAAAAUAUUUAAGGGAACUCCUGCAUCCAUUAUUAAUAUUACAAAGCCAAGACCUGUGUUACUCAGUGACCCCACAAAGUCAUAAAGUGGUUGAUUUUUUAUAAAAUAAAUUGCUUAGGAGGAUUAAAAAGGGUUCAUGCAUUGAAAAUUAAGAUCUGGAUAUUGUAAAAUGUACUACAAUCAUCUCUCUCUGAUUUGAUCUCUUGCUGUUCACUCUCAGGACUGGCAUCCAUGUUUACCAUGUAGCCUUAAUUUAAAGAAAGCAAAUGUGAGGCUGCUCAAUUUCUGCAUGCACACCAGACCACAACCUGCUGUUUCUGUCUGUGGUGAUCGCUCCCUAAUUUCAGGGGUACAACAGGGAUUACCUCAAUAACUACCGAUUGUUAGGAAUGCCACACUAUUACUUGACUAACAGAAAUGUGACAAUGUACACACAGAGCACAUAAUAUACAUUUAUUUCUUGCUUGAAUGGACUUUAUUUAGUAUGUUUUAGGAUUCAAAAGCACGUUUUGUUUAUGGGCACAUUGCUUAGGCGUGCCGUAUCUGUGAAGCACUGUUUCAGAGUGUUAUUACAAUAAAAUGUCAAACAUCAAACUUCA